GCAGAGUUAUCGCGAAGCUUCUUUGUCACACCGAUAUGAAAUUCAACCCCUCCAACACAAGCCACUUAUCCCACCCUAAUGAAUUUGCAAAGUAGCCCUUUAGUCCAAAAUGCUUUGUGAAACCUGCCGGAGUUCGUAUCAAAACGCCUACAAAGUGCUCAGCACAAUCGUCGACGAGCUAGAACCAGUGUUAGAAUCAAAUAUUCUGCAUCCUACACCCCUAAGUCUCUAUGCAUCAAUUUUGACGGGAUGCCUAGUCUGCCGAAAGAUAUGGACGUCGAUUCUAAGAUUUAGAACUGGGGUUGAAUUUGAAGGUUACUUUCGAAGGGCACUUGAAGGCGAUAUGCCUAAGACGUACGAAGAAUUUCGCCUCCAAAGUGGAGUUCGAAAACAUGACAUCGAGCAGCCAUGGAUAACAUUCGAUAUCACCGAAUAUUCUAAUGAAAAUAGAAUAUUAAUUGGACUGAAAGAAGGCGUAGAAUAUUUACUCAUGGUUCGCUUGGAUAAUGUCAUGUCAAUAGAACCUCCGUAUAAAAUCCAAUGUCGCUCGACAGCUGAGGCAAUCGGAUUAUGGCAACACUGGUAUCAUACCUGCUUGAAAUCCCACGCCAAAUGCCGUGCACAAAGAGAGGACAAUGAAGUAUUCACGCCUGAUAGACUCAUAGAAGUACGUCGCGACAAUAACGGAAGUGGCUGCAAGUGGCGACUUAUUUGUAAUGAGCAUGUUGGCACCGUGCCAUAUUUGACAUUAAGUCACUGCUGGGGAUCUUCUAACCACCUAUGCUUAACCAAGCGCGAUUAUUCAAAGUUCUUGGAAAUCUCAGCUGAUUCACGUUUGCUUAAGACAUAUCGGGACGCAUUCCAAGUUACCACGUCAUUAGGGUUCCAAUUCAUUUGGAUCGACUCUCUGUGUAUCAUUCAGGAUGAUGAAGAGGAUUGGAAAACCCAAUCUUCAAUGAUGGGGUUGAUAUAUAGCAGAGCUCAUUGUAACAUUGCCGCCACAUGGGCUGCUGACGGCACUUACGGCUGCUUUACUAACAGGGACCUAUUAAUAAUGGACUAUACUUCGGUGGAAUUAACUCCUGAUAACGGUCAAACCGUCGAAUACGCCUUUGCGUGCUCCCUCCCCGUACACCGUUCGAUGGCACAGAAGCCACUGGAUACGCGUGCAUGGGUUAUUCAAGAGCGAUACUUAUCGAAGAGACAGCUAAGCUUCCUGCAUCAAGUUUAUUGGGAGUGUCUGGAGCUUGUUGCUUGUGAACAAUACCCCACGGGCGUUAAACCUGAUUCCCUAAAAGAUACUCGACUCGGUGUGUGUGAAAAGCCAACUCUAAAAAUUCGAAAUCAUGACGAGUUUCGAAGUGCCUGGCGUAAAUUGGUACUCUGCUACUCGGGUUGUUAUAUUACUCAACAAACCGACAGAUUGGUAGCGAUUGCAGGGCUGGCUGGAGAAAUGCGAAAAAUGGUACCAGACGAAUAUCUCGCUGGCAUGUGGAAAACAGAUCUCAUUAGUCAACUGUGUUGGUAUGCCGACAAUGGAGCUGCAGAAUGGCGAACCCGUUUUAGAACCAUAACCGAAAUUGCCCCAACAUGGUCUUGGGCCAAUAUAUACGCGCCAAUUUCCCCAGAUCCAAAUUAUGCCACCAAAGAUAUAUUCACCCCGUUGGCAGAGAUCAUAGGAAUUGAUGCCGUCUCAGAUGAUCCUAUGAAGUUGCAUAGCUUUACAUCAUCAAAACUGAUACUAAAAGGGAUCGCCGUGUUGGCUCAUGCGUCAGGGUUUGGGACAAGGUUUCCUAUGGAUGAAUGGUACAGGCUUCGACUUACCAAUCAGCUAAUAACGGAGAGAUAUUUAAUACCGGUACAUAUUGACGUCUAUAUCGUCUGGGAUGAGGAUGUCUCCAUCAUGGCCGCUGAUCCAGAUGAAUGGUUAAGACUUCAUGAAGAACGAAAACAGGAACUUUUAUUCAUGUGCAUAGCUUAUAAUCACGGUUUGAGAUCCUUUUCUCGUCUUCAGGGGCUGGUCCUUAGGAGGCUCUACUGUCCUGAAAAUCAAGAUUUAUUUGUUAGGAUAGGGUGGUUUUCCACGAGUGACAGGAACCCUUUUAAAAGAUACAUAGCUAAAAGAGUUAUAUCACCAGUGACGAAGGACAAGGUCAAGAAUGGAAAAGUGGAAGACCCAUUCCGUGGGGAAAUCAUAGACCUGGAAAACCCUGAGCUCGCCGACUUAGUUCAUACAGUUACUAUCAUUUAAUACAGUUGCUGAGAUUGUCCUUUUAGACUAAUUUGUACCAGAACCCGGCUAGUAGUAAACAGACGGCUGUUGCGCUACCCUAUGUAUCGGCACAACCUGGAUAAGACCAUCAUGGG